AUGGCAGAAGCUAGAAAUAUUGCAGCAUUAAAUGUUUCUGUAACACACGAUGGAAUUUCUGUUACUUAUGAUCAGGAAUUGUUAAAAGAUAUUUGGCAUACAUUUUCGCGUUCUUAUAAAAGAAGAUUUGCGAGGUUUAAGAACAAUUUCACUGCUGGAAUAUUCCCUGCCAAUAUUCACUCUCUCGGCCUUGUAGUUGGCGUUGUUUCUUCUUGUUAUCUUCUUUGGGAUAUUGAUGCUACUGGAGUUAAUUUGACACGUUUAUUGGAUAAAUAUGUUCUCUACUAUUUGUUUGGGAAUGGGAAUUAUUCGAGGACUAUAGCGUCGGUUCUGUCUGGAUCAAUUUCUUGGUUUUCAUUGGUCCAAACCUUCCGCCUCAGUUUGAAGUGGUUCCUCUCCUAUCGUGGAUGGAUGUACGAGUCUGUCCACGAUGGAAAAGCAAUUUCCCUAAGCACCAAAAUUUGGUUCAAGUCUUUGCAUGUUGUUGCUGCUUGCAAGCCAAUAAUGCAUUCAUUUCAAGGAGCUUUGCCUCAUUUGCCUCUUCCCAGUUUAAAAUGUACACUUGAAAAGCAUCUCCGUUCUAUGCGCCCCAUCUUGUCUGAUGAAGAAUUUAAUGAACUUACUAUGCUUUCCGAAAAAUUUCAAAAAGGAUUGGGUCCUCGUCUUCAGCGUUAUCUCUUCAUUAAGUCUUUGCUUUCAAGCAAUUAUGUUUCCGAUUGGUGGGAGAAGUAUGUCUACCACAAACAACGCUCACCCAUUAUGGUCAAUUCGAAUUAUUACGGGUUUGAUACUCUAAAUCCCACUCCGACUGACAAACAAGCUGCUAGAGCUGCAAAUAUUACUUGGGCUGCAUUAUUGUUCCGUAGGAUGAUUGACAGACAGGAAGUUUCUCCGUUUGCAAUAAACCCACGCAGCAAAGUGCCUUUCUGUACUAAUCAAUAUACUCGUCUUUUCAAUUCUUGCCGAACCCCAGGAGAGGAUUGUGACAAUUUCCGCGUUUGGGAUGAUUCAAAACAUGUUGCUGUUUACCACAAAGGAUGUUGGUUUAAAUUGAAUGUUCACACUGGUGUUCGACUUUUGGAGCCUUGUGAACUCCAAUUAGCCUUCCAAGAAAUUUUGGACAGUGCCUUAGUCCCUUGUGAAGGUGAACAACAAUUGGCGGCACUCACAGCUGGACGGCGUGAUCAUUGGGCGAGAGUAAGGCGUGAGCACUUUUCUAGUGGAAUUAACAAAACUUCGUUACGAGCAAUUGAAAGGGCUGCUUUUGUUGUUAUUUUGGAUGAUGAAUAUGUCUGUUAUGAUCCUGAAGAUACAUCCAAACUUGAUCGUUGGGCAGAAAACCUUUUGCAUGGCAAAGGUUAUGAUCGUUGGUUUGACAAAUCAUUCAAUUUAAUUAUUUCACCAAAUGCUCGUAUUGGAAUUAAUGCUGAACACUCUUGGGGAGAUGCAGCAGUAACGGCUCAUUUUAUGGAAUUUGUUGUUCUCAAAGAUUUGUGUCUUCACGGCUAUGCAGAGGAUGGAAAUUGUAAAGGAACACCACAAACAAUUUUGCAUCCAGAAAGGCUAAAUUGGUCAUUGGAUAAAAAUUGUUUGGAACAAAUAAAAAUUUCUUUGGAAGAGGCACAGAAAUUAAUUGAUGAUGUGGAAAUGGCUUUACUUGUUUGGACUGAAUAUGGGAAAGGAUUUAUUAAAAAAUUGAAAAUAUCUCCUGAUGCGUUUAUGCAAAUGGCUUUGCAAUUGACUUAUUUUAAGAAUCAAAACAAAUUUUCGUUAACUUAUGAGGCGUCAAUGACCCGUCUUUAUCGUGAAGGAAGAACUGAAACAGUUCGCUCUUGUACUGUUGAGUCUUGUGAUUUUGUGCGGGCAAUGUUGGAUGAAAAACAAACGAGAGAAGAGCGUCUACGUUUGCUGCGCGUUGCCGCUGAUCGACAUCAACAACUUUAUCGUGAUGCAAUGUGUGGAAGGGGAAUUGAUCGUCAUUUGUUUGCUCUUUAUGUGGUUAUGCGCUAUUUGGAAGAGAGUUCGCCUCUCUUUGAUAAGAUUUUCCCUCCACAAUAUUUACUCAGCACUUCACAAACCCCUCUCAAUCAAUGUGAAGUCGAAUGCCCAACUGUUGAAAUGAAAGAUAAAUUAAAAUUGGUUAGUGCUGGAGGAGGUUUUGGGCCAGUUACGGAUACUGGAUAUGGAGUUUCUUAUAUAAUUGCUGGGGAAGACCAAAUUUCUUUUCACAUUUCAUCAAAGAAGAGUGCUGAAAAUACUAGCUCCAAAAAAUUCCGAGAAGAUUUAAAAUCGACUUUACGACAAAUGCGGGAAUUGUUUGCAUAA